AUAAUAUUACAAGACAAGAGACAAUGGUGUAUGUCGUAACCUUAACACUCCAUGAUACUACAUCACAAUGCUCAGAGUACCCCAGUUUCUGUGAAGAUCAUGGGAAGACGUUGUAAAGUGAACAGAGUAUGGAAAUAAGCAUCAGCUCCUCUAUAAAAACUAGAUCCUUUCUUAUAAAUAGAUCUGUCUUCUGUUUCAAUAAAAACACAACAGGAUACCACAAUGGAUAUACCAGAUAGUUCAAUGUAUAAUGAAAAUCUACAGAGCAGGCAAACUGGAUUUAAUGGAACAUAUGAACCCACUGAUUCUAUCAUUAUACGGACUACAGAAAUUCAUCACCAGCAAUUGGAACUGUGUUGUAAAGAGGAAUCUUCUGGUCAUGAUACCAAGGAGUAUAGUUUGUCUAGUGACUUUAGGUUGAAUCAAAGCUACACUGAACAUUUUUCAGAACGGCAUGACACACCUGUUGAUGAGACUAAGUGCAGUGAGAUAAAACAACCUACAUUCAUGAAAGACAGUUUUUCAGAUGAUCAGUCAGAUUCUGUAUCAUUUCAGGUGGAUAAAGGUUUAAUCACAAAAAGGUCAAGUUGUACUCAGUUCAGUCCCUCCACAUCGCCCUCUGCAGCCCAAAAAAUUCUUGAAUCAAGAAGUGGUUCAAGUAGAGACAUAAUGAAACAAAAUGUUUUUGUGACUAAAGAACGAAGCACUUCUGGAAAUACUACCUUAUUUGGAGAAAAUGACCAGCCCGAUACCUUGGAUUGUGAUGAGGUACAAAAUGAUGCUUCCUAUGAAGAAGGAGACUCGGUAAUGGAAGAUGAGUUAUUUCAAAGUAAAAGAAAUCUGUUUGAUUCUCAGUAUAUAUACAGAAGUGAAACUGGUGAGCCAAGUCUUAUUAGUCCAUGUACUACUGCUCUCACCGAGCAACAGGAUCUUGAUCCCUCGCGGUAUGGUCCCAAUGGAAAUCUAGAAAAUCGAUGCGAGAUCUGUGGUAAAACAUUCAGCCAACCCUACUUACUUAAAGUUCAUUUUCGAAUUCACUCAGGAUUUAAACCCUACAAGUGUGAACUCUGCCACAAAGGAUUUGCCCAAAGUUCUGGUCUGAGAUCACAUAAGCUUACCCACACAGGUGAGAAACCUUAUAGGUGUGAUCUUUGUGAUAAAACAUUCACAGCAAGUGGUAGUUUAAAUAUGCACUAUCGUACACAUAAUGGGGAGAGGCCAUUUCCCUGUGAAAUCUGUGGUCGAACAUUUCGUUACCGCAGUGCCAUGAAUAAGCAUAUGAUGAUUCACACGGGUGAUAGACCUUAUACUUGUGAUGACUGUGGCAAGGAUUUUAGUCGUAAAGGAAACCUGGAAACACAUCGACGCAUUCACACCAAUUCCAUGCCCUACCAGUGUGACAUAUGUGAAAAGAAAUUUAACCAAAUGAGCAAUCUACGUACGCAUAAAGUAACACACUCACUUGUGAAACCAUACAAGUGUGAUCUAUGUGGGUCAGAAUUCUUCACAAAGUUUAACAUGCAAAGACAUAUAGUAAUACAACACAUUAAAAAUAAACAAUGAUUUAUGUACACACAUAGUUCUGAUAAUUGCGAAUUUGAUAUAUUAAAAAUAUAUAUAAUAAUUAUUGAAUCUGAGAUCUGAGUGUUGCAGCUAUCCAGCCCAGUACAAAUAUUCAUGAUGUUCUUUGGAACUGAUGUCAUACCAUGACAUUUUCUCCAUACAUACAUAUCUCGGGAGCUCCACAGGUAUUCAUUAAUAUUUAUAGAUAUAUAAUUAAUUAGGAUCAGAAUUACCCAUUAUUGUUUACCGUGUUUCAUGUCUUGAUUCGGUUGAGAUCAAAAGCUUUGUUUCCUAAUGUUUACAAAUAAA